UGAUGAAGUGGAGAACUGCUGCAGCAUUUCGACCGUUCCAGUUGCGUGUAAUCUUGUAAGCAGAUUAAGUGUGCAUGUUAGGAACGAAGGAUGAUGAUUAGAAGGGAAUAAAAGGUGAAUUUGCAUAAGAAAUACAGGAUGAAAUGUUUAGGUAGGAGACCUUCCAGCUCACUACUACAUGACCUCCCCGAACGUGUGCAGUGUGCGCGCCGCUUACAACUUGGCAACCAAGGAGUAGAGGAAGGAAGGAGGUGGAGGAAGAGAAGCAGUAGUAGUAGUAGGAGGCAAAACAGGCGGCAGUGUGUGUGUGCGAGAGAGUGUUUGGGGGGCGAUCUGUCAUUUGUCAAUCAAAGUUUCCACAGUGCAGUUUGGACUUGUCCGUACCACUUGCAACAACUACUCGGCAGCAGCAGCAGCAACAGAUUCAACGACUACCCGUUCUUUUUUUUUACUAUACACUUUUCUUUCUGUCUUCUUCCGCUCAGCACUGUAACUGUCAGUCAGAGAGUGGUGCGUGUGUGUGUGUCUCGCAAUGAUUUACUUUCUAAUCUGACACAUGUUCUUUGCAUAGACGUUAUAGAACACACGACCGCUGCUUCAACCCCCUUGAUUUUUCUUUGGUAGAGUCGUCGUUGCAGAGAUCCUUCAAGAGAAACCACACCGGAAACAACAUAAAGAGCCUAAGAACAACAACGACGUACAUAAUACAACAACAACAACAAUAACACAUCAUCGGCUGUGGCUGCAAGACGUUUAGCAGUAGGUUUUUCCUCUCGUCGACCACUAGAAAACAUGAUACACAGUGUCGAGGAGUAUUAUCAAUUAAGUAGUGUGCGAGCAUGUUCUGUUGACAUGUCCCCGGAGUGUUUGAUUUAGAUUAGUUUAGACAAAACAUGAUUCUUCGCAACUUCUGCAAGAUUCUUCCGAACAUAUGCAAACACCAUGCAGAUCUCAAUGAUUCAACAAGGACACUCUCUCGUCCGUGUCUUCUGCUGAUCUCGAUUAAAUUCAUAUCACUCAAUUAUCAAUUUGUUUUAAUUGAUAAUAAACGAGAAAGUGCAAACCUUUCAGUUUCACAAAGAAGUCUUUCAUCUGGCGAGAAUAAGAAACGAAUGGAUAAUCAAAUAAUGAGAUACACGUCACGCAAUGUACUCACAAGGGACUGCAUGCAUCUGACUGAAACUGAUUCUGCAGUAUUACCAUUUGAGUCGCAAGGAUGGAGUCGGAGAAGAGGCUUUCGUCGACCAGUUAUUCGCUCUCGCAGUCGCAGAACUUGAACCAACCGGAACACUCGUCGGAUACCAUCGAUGAUGGCCAACUGGCGAUGGGUCCGGACGUUCAGAUCUACCUGGCCCGGGUCUCUCAGGAGUCCGGUUGCUGGGGACGAUGCUUGCCCAUACCGUUCGAGAGAGCGGCCAGCAAAUCGUGGUGGGAUCCAACGUUCGAUUCCGAAAUCCUCGAAGGCCAAUUCCGCAAGAGCGUUCCCAAUCACAACAGGAAGAAAUUUCGAUAUGCUCUUUGCUACAUCCUGCUGAUAUCGUUCUCCUGGUUCCUGUACUUCCUCGUUACCGGAUUGUCAGCCGACACGACGCACUGGCCCAUCCUCUGCAUAGUCCUGGCUCUCCUCUUCGUUCUAGCCAUAGUCGUGCUUUUAUUGACCUACAAAGAUAUCUACGACGUUUACAUGCUGACAAUAUCUUGGGUGAUGGCUUUGACGCUGUGCAUAUUGAGUCUCACUUUUGUCGUGCUGAUGCCGAUGAGGUUCAAGCCGUACUCGGAGAAGUCCACGUCGGAGAUCAGCCCAAUCGGACACUUUUCCAUUUGCACCGAGAUCCUGCUGCUCGUUUACACUGUGAUACCCAUGAAAAUGUACCUCUGCAUCAUAAUGAGCACUCUCUACUCGGUGAUCUUCGAAAUACUGACGUGGAUGUACCACGACCAACAGUACGACGUUGUAACCAUCACCGUGCGAAUACUCUCGCACGUCUGCAUACACCUAAUUGGUUUGCACAUUCUAAUAAUGACUAACGUUAGGAUGAGGAACACUUUUAUGAAGGUCGGGCAGAGUUUGCUGGUGCGGAAGCAGCUGGAAGCGGAGAAGAAGCUGAAGGAGAACAUGAUACAUUCCCUGAUGCCGCAAUCCGUUGCGAAUUGGCUGCUGAACGACGACGAGAACUUCACGAGGAACGGCAUGGAACCGCGCAACUCGAAUCCGGAAACCAACGAUAUCCAAUCGCUCUUCAGACCUUUCAACAUGAACCGAGUAGAGAAUGUGAGCAUUCUCUUCGCCGACAUCGUUGGAUUCACGAAGAUGUCGAGCACGAAAUCCGCUGAAGAACUGGUGGAGAUCUUGAACAAUCUGUUCCAGCGGUUCGAUUUGCUCUGUAAAUUACACAACUGCGAGAAGAUUUCAACGCUCGGCGAUUGUUAUUACUGCAUAUCCGGUUGUCCGGAGCCGAGGCCGGAUCAUGCAAAGUGUUCAGUGGAGAUGGGUUUGAGUAUGAUUCAAGCGAUAAAGCAAUUCGAUUUGGAGAACAACGAAGGUGUGAAUAUGCGCGUCGGCGUUCACACGGGAACGGUGCUGUGCGGAAUCGUUGGAACCAGAAGGUUCAAGUUCGACGUGUGGAGUAACGACGUUACAUUGGCGAAUCGGAUGGAAUCGACGGGAAAACCGGGAAUGGUUCACAUAUCGGAGAACACUCUGAAAUUCCUGCCAGACAACUAUCUGUUCGAGGAGGGAAAGCAAGUAUUUGGUUUGAAGACCUUUUUUAUACUGGGAAGGAAGAGCGAGAGGCCUCCGUCUUACAACGGCAGUCUGAAGGGUAUCGAUAAGCCGCAGCAGAACAAUUCCCUGCAACUGAUAGUGUCUCCACCCACGUCGCCGCCCUCGAUGUCGCCGCAAACACGCCCGCGCGUCCUCUCCUGCGUCACACCGCCAUCUCUUCUCAAACCUCUGCACAAUCCGAACAUGCUCUCUCCAGACGUGUGCAAGAUCAAGGCAAGCAGUUUGCCAAGCAUUUUGGAUUCGGAAAACGAGCAGGAGAUCGAACCGGAGAAGGAGUCGGGUGGAAGUGAGUCGGUGAAGACGCCCACGUCGACGGCGAGCUCCGGUCGGUAUUCGGUGAAAAUCAAGAACUGGAAGAUACCGAAGUUCUUGCGCAAAGGUGACCAGAAGGAUAGCAUGGACAUUGGGAUGGAGUUGCCUUGCACGUCCGACUGCGAUGGCUCUAUAGUGGUCAAUCCUACAGGAUACACUCAAGUGCCGACGAUAAUAGAGUCCAAGAAUGGGACGGUGGAGAAUGGCAAAGACGAGUUGAAUUGGAUCAAUUUGUCUGUAGAUGAAGAGGAGAAACGUAACAGCAUCUAUUUGGACGAGCAAAAGGACGUGAUCGACGUGAAAUCCUACAUCAGUCAGUCGAGAAGCGACGUCGGACAAUACGAUUACUCUCCGUGCGAAUUCUCGCAAUUCUUAAGAGCGGGCAGCUACAGGAGUCAGUACGGUCGUCCCAACAACGAUUUCACGUACCUGAGUCGCGUGGGCAGCAACAGAUCGCGCAGAGAGAAAUCCCCGAACAUCGACAUCGUCCCCUCGGAGCGUGCGAGAAGCGCCACAGUCGCCAUCGGCCAACUGAACAGAUCCAAGAAAUGCUCCCUGGAAGUGCCCAGCCGGUUAUCCACGAUCUUCGUGGACGACCAAAUCAGCACCGGACCAUCCGUCAACAGUCGCAAGGAUUCCGGCAUCAAGAGCAACAGCAGAAGGAGCAGCAUCCUGCAGAUUGAACAGCACAUACCACCGUCUGAUCUGCUGCAGCACAGAGUUUCCGGUUAUUACACGUCGAGUCAAUCGAGCAUAAAUUCCCCGCAGUACGCUUCCAGACUUCCAGCUCCGUUUUUGGGCAAAUGCGUCCAGAGUUUACGUAAGCAAUCCGAUAGGCAGCUGAUCAAGUGUGUUCAAGACAAUUCGAAAUCGAAACGUUCCUAUUUUAUAAAACCACCCCUCUCGCAAAUAUCGCUGUUCUUCGAGAACGAGAAAAUGGAGCACGAGUACCGAGCAAACGUGCACUCGAUGUUCGAUCAGCACGAGACGAUACCCACCUUGGCCAACAACAAACUCAACACGUACUUCGACGUCUUCGUCUCGGCCGUGGUCUUCGCAAUCGUGUCCACAGCUCUGUUCAUCCUCUACGAACCAUCGACCCUUUGGAUAACGACGUUCUGCUUGUUCACUUUACUUCAGGGCUUCGCAGUUGCCCUCUGCUUCCCAACAGUGAUACACUUUGCGGAGCACCAUUUCUCGUUCAUCUCACGAUGGUACCGUUGGAACACCUUCGGUGGGUUAUUAGUUAGUCUACCGCUGGUGUCGAUACUCCUUAAUUUUGCGUGCCCGAGCAUCUGCGGCAAGCUGAAGAUGUCCGAUUACCUCUACAGCCAUCUGCUCUUCGUCGGCAUCAUACAUUUCUGCAACUUCACGCAGCUCAACUGCUGGAUGAAGAACGUACUGGGCACAAUCUACUGCGUGGUUUUCAUGAGUCUCAUCCUGUACCGUUACUGUCCAGCAGGUGAAGCGCCUCCACCGAUAUUCGCGAACGCCACCGACGUGUACCUCGAGUCGCACCAAAGAUUGAACUAUUUAUACGACUCGGAGAUACUCAUGGAUCUCUUCCUUCUGCUCGUCCUCGUCUGGGUUUUGAAUCGCGAAUUCGAAAUAGCGUACAGGAUCAGCUUCCAUGCGAACUACGUCGCAAAUCGUGACAGAUUUCACGUGCAGAGCCUGAAGAACCAAGCCGACUGGCUGAUAUACAACAUUGUACCUGAGCACGUCGCCGAGCAGCUGAAGAAGAACGCCAAGUACUCGGAGAACUUCAACAACGUGGCGAUAAUCUUCGCGAGCAUCGUCAACUUCAACGAGAUGUACGACGAGAGUUACUUGGGCGGAAAGGAAUUCCUGCGAGUGCUGAACGAACUCAUCGGGGAUUUCGAUGAGUUGCUCACGCUUCCGGAGUUUCGCAGCGUGGAGAAGAUCAAGACCAUCGGCAGCACGUUCAUGGCUGCGAGCGGAUUGAAUUCGCGGAUGAGGGACGAGCAGGAGGACGAGAACGAACACUUGUUUGCUCUGAUGGAUUUCGCUAUCGCCAUGCAGAACGUCAUAGAUAACUUCAACAGGGAUCUGCUCGAGUUCAACCUCAUCCUGCGGAUCGGGUACAACUUCGGCGACGUGACUGCGGCCGUCAUCGGCAGGACUAAACUGUAUUACGAUAUUUGGGGGGACGCGGUGAACGUCGCCUCGAGGAUGGACUCGACCGGCGUCAACGGACGGAUACAGGUGGGAGAGCAUUGCUUGGACAUCCUCAGCGAACGCUACAACUUCGAGAAGCGCGGAUCCGUGUACGUUAAGGGUAAAGAUAACAUGAACGUGUUUCUGCUGAUCGACAAGAAAUGCGAGUAGACGAAGAAGACGCGAUCGCUACGCCUUUGAUACUAAUUACAUUCCAUGAAUUUUAAUACAUCUUUUACACAGAACAAAUCACGAAUCUUAACGAAGAGUAUAUUUACAAAAGUUCGUUUUUUUUUUUGUAAUUUUAAAUUUGUAUUCUUAAGAGAAUAGUUCAAUACGAGGAAUUGACGAGAAAAGAUGAACACCAAGAAUUAAUUACUUUAAUUGGGACAGAAAAGUUCAUUUUUUUUGUAAAUUGAAACACAAAAACAAUGAAAGAUAGAGAGAAUAUAUAAGAGUUAUAUUUGUAGCUGAAAUAUUAAAAAAAAAAAGAUAUAUCUUGCCCUUAAACUAUAGUACAAAAUGUAAGUGCUUAUAGCAAAAUGAAAAUUUAGGAUUUUAAUAAUAUAUAUAUUAUAUGUACAUUUAUAUAACGAACGUUAUAUAUAUUUAAACAGAGCAAAGAAGCUAUUUAUUCUUGUGUAUCAAAUAUACGGGAGUCAUUGACGAACAACGUUGAUUAUGUAAUAAAAACAAAACAAACAGAAACAAUUUGAUAUAGUUAUUAUUUUCAUCAUUUGGUGAGAAAAUCAAUUCGAAAAUCAAUUUAUGCGCGCAACGAAGAUCAAAUAAUCACAAUAAAUUACCACUGAAAGUUUGAUUCAUUUUAUCCUACAAGACUGCUAACUACUAAAUAAUUGAAAGAAUUGUCGUUUCAUCCGUUCACCAAUUGCAUUUUACAUAGAUACAUAUGAAUUCGCUUGUUUAUUUAUUUCUACUGGAAACAAAAGAAUUUUUUUUUUUUUGUUUGUUAUUAUUUUCCGUUGUUUUUCGUAAAUUUUAUGUAAAAUUUGACCAAGUUUGGAGGACCACUUAAUGCAAGUGAAAUAUUUUGUGAUUGCCAUACUAAUAAUAAUAAGAUUAAUAUUAGUAUAUGUAUAAAUAAUAUGAAUAUUUUUUAGGGAGUCGAGAUGAGAUGAAGAUGCGGAUACGCAGAUUUGUGUCUUAAUGUCUCCUCGUCGUAUAUAUCAUAUAUAUUGUGUGUAAAAGAGACGUGUAAAUCGAUUUAUACGAAACUAGUCAUAUAUGAUAUUAUGAUGUAGCUUUAAUACGUUUUAAUAAUACUAAUUUGUAACGUAGCAGUCUAGAGAGAAGACAAACAAAACAAAAAAAACGUAAACAGGAGGAGGAUGUGAGAAGAAGGUUGAGGAAUUUGAAUCGCUUGAAUUACUUUUCCUCGAAGUGCUUCAAUCGGAAGUUCCUAUUUGUACAUUUACACUACUAUUACUAUUAUUAUUUUUAACGCUUCUUCGAAUUUUAUCAAAUA